UCUAGGGAGUUCAAUUAACUGCUAUACAUAUAUUCAGUGCACUAGUAACCCUACUGCGCGUGUGUAAAACGCGCCGGGGGUGGUUAGUCGAUGGUUCGGUCUACGAACGUGAAAAAUUGCUAUUUCAAUCAAGAUCCGGUUAUAUUGUUUGUGUGAUUUGUAUAAGAAGAAGCGAGAUCACAUACUAUAUUCUUUUCACUGAUAAUUUUUCGAAUAACGACGUUAGAAUAGACGACAAGCACGAUAGAACCGAUUUGCGGAACUGCAGCGUACAAUACGCACGCGGUGUCUAAAAAUGGCGAAGGUGUUUCGCGCGGUGACAGUAUCGACUUUGUCAAACAAUGGACAGUCAACAGCAAAAUUUAACAAGCCGGUCACGCUUAAUAUCAAUUAUGAUCCACAAGGUCUCAGCGUUGAGUUCCUUGCAGGAGAAUCAACUGGUAGAGAUAAAACAACACUAUUGGAAUUCCCAGUAACUCCUAGUACAGAGUGUUCUAGAGUUUCAUCUAGAAGCUAUGUAUUCACACUUGAUACCGAUAGCUUACUUAUAACAUUUGUCAGUGAAACCGAUUUUAGAAAUUUUCAUUCACAAAUAUUGAAAUUAAAGAAUGGCAAAGGUGUUUCUGCAUUUAAUGAAAGGACUGAAGAAUCAUCAGCUAUGCAAUAUUUUCAAUUUUAUGGUUACCUAUCUCAGCAACAAAAUAUGAUGCAAGAUUACAUUAGGACUAGUACAUACCAGCGGGCAAUCUUGGGAAAUCUGUCUGACUUUAAAGAUAAAGUUGUGUUAGAUGUAGGUGCAGGUUCUGGAAUAUUAUCAUUUUUUGCAGUCCAAGCUGGUGCAAAAAAAGUAUAUGCAGUAGAAGCAAGUAAUAUGGCAAAUCAUGCAGAACUGUUAGUUGCUGCUAAUAAUUUGUCAGACAAGAUUAUUGUCAUUGCUGGUAAAAUAGAAGAAAUUGAUUUACCAGAAAGGGUAGAUUGCAUAGUGAGUGAACCCAUGGGUUAUAUGUUAUACAAUGAAAGAAUGCUUGAAACGUAUCUUCACGCAAAAAAGUGGUUAGUUCCAGGUGGAAGAAUGUUUCCCUCUCGAGGUGAUCUUCACAUUGCACCUUUUUCCGAUGAAAAUCUUUAUAUGGAGCAAUUUAAUAAAGCUAACUUUUGGUAUCAAACAUGUUUUCAUGGUGUAGAUCUCUCAGCGAUGCGAAAUAAUGCGAUCAAAGAAUACUUUAGACAGCCAAUAGUUGAUACCUUUGAUAUAAGAAUUUGUAUGGCUAAAUCUAUCAGACACAUUGUAGAUUUUCAAACUGCUAAUGAGACUGAUUUACAUAAAAUAGAAAUUGAUGUGGAUUUUCACAUAUUGGAAAGUGGCACUUGUCAUGGUCUUGCAUUUUGGUUUGAUGUUGCAUUUAUUGGAUCAACACAACAGGUUUGGUUAAGCACAGCUCCCACAGAACCUCUUACUCAUUGGUAUCAAGUUCGUUGUCUUUUGGAAAAUCCUUUGUUUUGUAAAAGUGGUCAACUGCUGUCUGGGAAAGUCAUUCUUAUUGCGAAUAAAAGACAAUCGUACGACGUAACAAUAGAAUUGAAACUAGAAGGGACGAAUAUGGAAAGUAGUAGUAAUACUUUAGAUUUGAAAAAUCCGUACUUCAGAUAUACAGGAGCAGCUGCACAACCCCCACCUGGUUUAAAUAAUACGUCUCCUAGCGAGUCCUAUUGGACUACUUUAGAUGCACAAGGUGCCAGACAAGCGGUAAACAUGGUUAAUGGAAUGUCUGUGAACGGUUUAGGAGAAGUUUCUAUGGAUGCGACCGCGGCAGUAAAUCCCAGUAAUUUGCUUGCAAUAGGAGGACAACCAAAUAUUCAUCCCGGUUCGAUUUCGAGUACAGGGCGGGGACGAGUAGGGGGUACAGCGACAAGUACACAAGCAGCACAGUUAAUAGGUGGUGGAAUCACUCCAAAUAUGUUUACAUCUCCCGCUACGCUUGGUGUUACUUUCCAGCAAUCGCUGGUCCUUGGCAAUACUUCACAUUACCCAGUGAAUCCCAGCUUGAUGAUUGGAGAUUACGUGACACCUGGUAAUGGCAUAUCAUCUCAAACGUAUCGACAAUGAUCAAUGGCUAAAUCAUUUUGCACCGAGUAUUCUCAUUCGGCAAAACAAUUAAGUGAUCGCCAUAGCUCUAGCAGUAGCGGAGAUAUCAGCAACAACAAUAAACAGAGCCGCAAGUUGGUGUUUAGUUCCCCAGCAAGCAAAUUACGACUCUCAUCUGCUGUUCGUAUCUUAAACGCGGUUAACUUGGCCAAUCUUAAUACGAACGUUGGUCACGUUAGUGGCAGCAGCAGCAACAACUUCGCUUACUUUAAUAAAGUCAUCAUUGGUUCUGGUUUUGGAUUUGGAUGGAGCGUUAGAAGAAAUAAGUCACAAUGGGAAGCACGUUGGAGGAGAGUGCGAACCGUCCUCUCGUAGUUGUCAUUAAUUUCCAAUUAGCCUUUAUUUAAUUGAAAUCCCUUGAAGGUUUGAUCUUCCAGAUCGAGAAGUGCAUGCUUGCCAAAUGUACCCAAGAAAAUAAUAUUUUUUAACGACAAUACAGUUUACUAAAGCGUAAUGUUCCACGCGACAACUAUUUUACGGGAUCCUGAUACAACAUCGAUUGUACAUCAAAAUCAAAUUAACGAAAGCAACGGGAGUAAUCACAGUUGCAAUCUUUUUCCCCCUAUUUCCUUCGAUGUACACUUCUUCAAAAAGGUUUCAGUAUCGGAUUAACCGUGCAUCUAACGAUUAAAACUCUACUGUGUAUACAGGUUUGAUUGAGUUUCGAUCUUAAGCGAUUUUUACACAACGUUUAGGUAUAUAUAGCGUAAUAACGUUCCGAAUAUUUCGAAAAGUGCAAAAAGCAAUAAUUCGUUAGGGAUACGAUAUGGAGCACUCUGUGGCAUUGCCUGUUAUUUAUAUCGAUUUUAUUUUCGAAGUGGUUAUAUUCAAUGAAUCCUUCUUAUACUUUUCCUCUAUUGAAAACGAAAAAAAGGAAAAAAAUAAAUAGAAUAUGAAAAAUUCCGUAUGGUUACGUCCACCAUAAUUUCAUUUAAUUUCUGAACUGUUAUUUUUUAUUUUUUAGUACAUAGUACUUCCGUUAAUUAUUUAUAACUUAGAGAAGAACAAAGAAAUUGUAUAUAAUUAAUUACGUAAAUCGAUUGACCCGAUGAUAUAAUUUGCAUUAACAAUAAGAGAAAGAAGAACAUAUUUCAAUAAAAUGAUGAUAAAUUAUGUUGCGAUUCAUAUGUAGCUGAUUUACUGUAUUGUAUUAUUGCAAUGUACAGAUACUAGAAUAGCAUGUAUAGGCACAAUUUCAAAUUUGUGACAUUUGUAUUACAUAUCGGCCUUCGGUCAAUAGGAUUAAUUCUAUACUUUUAGUGUACUUCUAUUAUAGUAGAAUUUUACAUAUGUCGUCCCCAUAUGUCUCAUAUUGAUUACUCAUUUCAUUGAGUAACUAAAUUUUCCUUUGUUGCAAAUUGAAAAGAAGUGGAUUUUGUUGUUUUAGUAAAAUAUGACUUAUAAUAUUCUAAUAUUUAUAAAUUUAUGAAAUAAGAAUUAUAUGAACAAUAUAUAAUGAAACAAUAUCUUGUUUAUUUAAAUAGGUUUAUUUUUCAUUUACUUGUUUCUCAGUAUACA